AUGAAAAUGGCUGACAUCAACAAAACCUUUGUGACAGAGUUCGUGUUUCUGGGGUUCUCCAGCCAGCCCAAGGUCCAGGUGCUUCUCUUUGUGGCUUUUCUGACUUGCUACCUACUCACAAUGUUUGGGAACAUCGCCAUCAUCUCCGUGAUCAGAGCUGACCCUCAGCUUCACACACCCAUGUAUUUUUUCCUUAUCAAUUUGUCCCUCUUAGACAUUUACUACAUCUCCACCAAUGUUCCCCAGAUGCUGAUGAACCUAGUGACCAGAAGGAGAACAAUCUCAUUUUGGGGUUGUGUGAUCCAGAUGUAUUUUUCCCUGGCUUUUGGCAUGACUGAAUGCUUCCUGCUUGGAGUCAUGGCUUACGAUAGAUAUGUGGCAAUCUGUCAGCCUCUGCAUUAUGCAGCCACCAUGAACUGGGAGAUGUGUUUUUGGCUGGCUGCCAUUUGUUGGAGCAGUGGUUUACUGAGUUCCAUGACUAUUAAUGUUUUCACCUUCCAGUUGCCUUUCUGUGGUCCUAACACCUUGAACCAUUAUUUUUGUGAGGUGCCAGCUGUGCUGUCUUUGGCUUGCACUGACACUUCUUUCAUUGAAAUGAUUGUGUUUGUUUUCAGCAUCGUCAUCGUUUUUAUUCCCUUCUUGCUGAUCAUGGUCUCUUAUACACUCAUAUUCUUUGCUGUACUGCAGAGACAAAGUGCCCAAGGAAGAACCAAGGCAUUCUCUACCUGCGCAUCCCACCUUAUUGUAGUGACCAUAUUUUAUGGGACAGCCAUAUUCAUGUACAUGCGGCCAAAGUUGAAGUACUCACAAGACAGGGGCAAAGUGACUGCUUUGUUUUAUACCAUUAUAAUGCCAAUGCUCAACCCCCUGAUAUACAGCCUGAGGAACAAGGAUGUAAAGGAUGUUCUGAGGAAACGACACGUGUUAAUAAAAUGCUGA